AUGUUGGAAGAUCCCCGGCGUCCCGGGGGCCUCGGAGGCGGGCGCGAGGAUUCGGCUCCUGGCAAAGACGACUUCAGCUGGGUCCGGUGGGCCAGCCCCGAAGUGGUGGGCUCGCGUGAGCUGCUCCGAGGGCCGGCGCGGAGGAGUCCGGUGGGAGUGCGGUCCGGCGGGGCACGGCCAGAACUGUGCCCACUGCUCUUCUUUUUGCAAGGACGGAGGUCCUUGGUUCCAGUUUGGUCCUCACUGCAUCCCAAUGGGAGGUCCUUAAGGCCUCAGCCAUCUGUCUGGCUUCCUUCCCACCUCUGCUCCUUCCACCAGGCUGACUCCUCCGUCUCUGGCUCUGCUUCCUGGGGGAUAAUAAUAGAGGCUGGCACGGGCCUGGAUCUAGGAAGCUGGAUCUCGCUUCACGCCAACCUGACAAACCUUUCAGGUGGGUGCCGCCAGUACAGGGUGAAAUCUGGCCUGGUGAUUGACACGCCAGUCAUGACGCCCACAUCUGACGGUGGAGUGCCUGGGCUUCAUCGCCAGCUUCGGCUCCUGAUUCUACUCCCUGCUAAUGCAGACCCUGGGACGCAACAGGCGAUGGCUCGAGGACUUGGGUCCCUGCCCCCCACACGGGAGACCCGGAUGGAGCUCCAGGCUCUGGCCUGGACUGGUCCCAGCCGAUGUGGGCACUGGGCAGUGAACCAGCAGAUGGGAGAUUUCUCCCCUCCUCCUACAUCCCAGCUUCCCUGAGCUCCCCAGCACUGGGAGGCUUGCUUUUCCUCUUAGCAGCUCCACACACUCUGGGAUCUGCCCAGUUUCUGCUGUUGCCUCACAAAGACCUCACUCACCAGAUCUGAGAAAAGGUGUCUGCCUGCCCUACCAAGCUGGCUCCCCUUGCCAGCAUCCCACUCCUGCGCCCAGUCUGCCUCUAGGAAGGCCCCCUGGAGCCUGGCCCCUCUGAGCUGUGACCACUCUGCAUCGGGGCCCUCCCUCCAUCUCCUCCACAUACCCCUAGGGUCUUGCAUCUGGAGAGACCCAGUCUGACAAGAUGUGGCCCCUGGAACAGAGAUGAGCCUGCAAGACUGACACUCCCUGGCCCACGGCGGGACCAAGGACAACCCGAGGAGGACACCUGCUCCCCUAGGAGGGGCCCGAGGGGCGAUUCCCUCACUUGCUCUGGGUUUAGGGCCCAAGGCCCCUGGAGACCUUGGGGUGGGCCCCGGAGCUCCUUCCCUGUGGCUCAUGCCGGCAGCACCCCUAACUUCCUGUCCUUUCUGAACCCUGAAAUGGACAGUUCAGAGGCCUAAAUCUAAGGGGCAGCCAAAGCCCAGGACAGGACACUGUGCGCCGUUGGCACUAAUGACACCAGCUUUCCACCUCGCUUCUCUCCAAUGUUCUCACCUGUGAGAUGGGUGCGUGGACAUCCAGAGUAACACCUUGCUCCUGGCACUAAUGACACCAGCUUUCCACCUCGCUUCUCUCCAAUGUUCUCACCUGCGAGAUGGGUGCGUGGACAUCCAGAGUAACACCUUGCUCCUGGCACUAAUGACACCAGCUUUCCACCUCGCUUCUCUCCAGUGUUCUCACCUGUGAGAUGGGUGCGUGGACACCCAGAGUAACACCUUGCUCCUGGCACUAAUGACACCAGCUUUCCACCUCGCUUCUCUCCAGUGUUCUCACCUGUGAGAUGGGUGCGUGGACAUCCAGAGUAACACCUUGCUCCUGGCUGAUGUACCAGCAAGGGGCAUGACAUCUGCUAUAAAACCAAGACACUGCUCUCAGUCCCACCUGGCGACCCAGGCUGGCUGCUGGAGACCCCUCCCAGUUAGCCAACUCCUGCUUCAGGGCCACGGCCUGGGGUGUGGAUGGGUCCAGGGUCCCUCCCUCCACCAUUCAGAGCCAAAAUGUGGUUAAGCCCAGUGGCCUUUGAUUGUACAGAGCUUCUGGAGGUGUCCUGGAGGGACCCUGUCAGAGAGCUUGCCCAUCCUGCUCCGGCCGGCCAAGGGCAGGGCAGGCAGCUGUUGGUUCUCACUGUCCAUGGUCCCAGCUCCAUCUGUUUAAUAAACAUC